AUGCAGCAGACUGGCGAGGCAGACCUUGUGCCGGACAGCCCCCUUAGUGGCGGGUCGCCUGCUGGAACUUCUCAAGUCGUAGGUGAAUCCAAACCAAUCAAGAGGGACUACCAAUCAAACCCCAUUCCUGAUUCCGUGUCUAACGUUCCGCUGGACAGGCCAGGAGUUCUCGACAUGGCAACUCGCGCUCUAGAACCCAUCGACCUGGAUGGUAUGAUUUCUCGGCUCCUAGACACGUUAUCGAUCAGAGCUACCAAGACAGUGUGUCUAGAGAAUUCCGAGAUCACCACCAUCUGCGAAUCAGCUCGUGGGCUCUUUCUUUCUGAGCCAGUUCUAUUAGAGUUGCCUGCCCCCAUGAAGAUCGUGGGUGAUAUUCAUGGUCAAUACAUCGAUCUGAUCCGAGUCUUUGAAAUGUGCGGAUUUCCACCGGAAUCAAAGUAUCUUUUCCUCGGAAACUAUAUAGGCCACGGGAAGCAGAUGCUAGAAACUAUUCUCCUGCUGCUAUGCUAUAAGCUCAAGUACCCGAAGAACGUCUUCCUGCUUCGCGGCAACCACGAGUGUGCCAGUGUUAGUAGAAUAGGAAGCCUCUACGAUGAGUGCAAGUGGCGUUGCAAUGUUAAGAUGUGGAAACAUUUCGUCGACACUUUCAACUGCCUUCCUAUAGCAGCGAUCAUAUCCGACAAGAUAUUCUGCGUUCACGGUGGACUGUCUCCUAGUUUGUUACAUAUGGACGAUAUUCGCGGUAUCGCUCGACCUACUGAUAUAUCUGAUCAUGGGCUAUUGACCGAUCUUCUAUGGAGUGAUCCGAUUGGAGUCAACACGGAAGAAGACUGGGUGCCUAAUGAACGUGGCGUGAGCUUCUGCUUUGGUAAAAAGGUCAUUAAAGACUUUUUGGACCGACACGGUUUUGAUCUGGUGUGCCGGUCCCAUAUGGUGGUCAAUAAUGGAUAUGAAUUCUCUGAGGACCGGACCCUAGUAACAAUUUUCUCAGCUCCGAAUUAUUGCGGCGAGUUUGACAAUUCGGGCGCUAUCAUGUCCAUCUCGAAGAAGCUCCUCUAUAGUUUCGAACUGUUGAAGCCCCUGGAUUGGGCUGCGUUAAAGAAAUACAUAGGUGAAAGGCAACUUAAGCGAUACAAUAUGCGAGAGAGAUCUACCGAGGUAUCUUCAGCCCAAUCAUGUUAA